AUGAAGAAAGAGGACAGAGUCAGUUUCAACAAGUUCUUUGGAGACUUCGUGGAAGUCCUAACUCGCUUGGAUGAUUACCAAGUUCUCUCCGUUGAAAUUCCAAAGAGCGACAAAUUUUUUGAGAAUGAUCCAAAGCAAAUAACUACCCACUUCUUAGAAUAUCUGGACAAGUCAGGUAAGAAGAUUAAAAGCGAUAUAUCAGUUUCAUCCAAGUUCAAGGGCCACGACUAUGAAAGCAUCUAUCAAAUUUAUCAUGACUUAAAAAUUGCUUCUAUUAUCAGGUAUUCUGAAAACGAGGAUUUCGAAGAGGAGUGCCACAAUAUCGACAGGUUCUUUCAAGUGGCUACGGAAAUCCUUCUGAAGGAAAGUCUGAGACUAGAGAAUAGUACAGAUCAUCACGAUAAGGAUCUCCGAAAGUCCACGAGAGGUGAGUCACGAAGUAGAAGCGUCAAGCAGGAGUUCCAAGAUAGUGACGAUCCAAGAUCAGAAUUAAGACGUUCCAUCGUUCGCGAUUUUGAGCUGAUUACAACCUCGUACUUGAACAAGUCUGGAUCUGCCCUCAUUCUCUCGGUUUCCAAUGGAGUCCCAAUAUUUUCUUCUUUAAGCACCACCAUAUCCGAGUUAGAAGACAAACAGCCUCAUUUUGAGAGUGAUGCUCCGGCUGAAAAUUUGACAGUCGUUCCCACCUUGAAAUCUUUGACAGCUGAAGAUUUGAUACAACUGUCACCGGGCCAAGGUCCUACUCAACAACUAAGUCCACCAACAGAGAUUUUAGUACAGAAUUUCCACCCGAAUUGGUAUAGCAUCCCGGUUCCCCAAUGGCUCAAGCACGGUGACAACGAGAACGAUUACUCCUUUGCUCCAAUGUUUGAUGAAGCACAGUCAAUUAUUUCAAACGAGUGGAAGGGCAUUAUGUGGCUUCAACAGUAUGGGUUGAAAAGAAUUUCUGAGAUCAAGAGGUCUUUAGAAGCUGAAGAAAUGGACCAGGACGUGCCAGAUGAUAUACAAUCAGAGGCUCAAAAGUUAGAGAAUGGCAACGGAACUUCUGAAGAUCCUGAAUUUGUGCUACAGCCUCAAGCCGAUCCACAGGUUGGAUUAGAGCGUGACUCUUCUGAGGUGUUAAUUCCAGAAAAGGACAGGAGAAAAAGCCACGGUCACGAAGAAGGAGAAGUAGAAGAAGAAGAGCAAGAACAAGAGAUGGAAGAAGAACACGGACACGAAGGUCAAGAUGAUGAUGACGUUGAUAUCGACAUCGACAUAGAUUCUGCUCCAAUCAAUUUAGAGAAUUUGUUGCAAUGGAAAUUUGGAGAGAUCAUUGAAGAUUCCGAAGAAAGCGCUGUUGAGGCACAGAUAGCACAGCAAACUAUCACCGAACUGUUAUUAGAGUUGAACCAGCUUAGAAGACAACGUUUCUUGGAUGGUAAACAUUCGAAUUCCAGGGUUUUCAAACCCAACAAGGUCGAAGUAGUCAAGUUUCACCAGCUGAAACGUAUGCUAAGUGGCCUUAUCAAACACAAAAAUGUAUUACCAAACCAACUAGGAAUGAAACCAAGCACAAAAAUUCCUAUUUUACAACAGAACUAUAACGGAUCGUUGCCCUCGUCGAUGAUGAGUGAUGCUCAUAAUUCACAGGCAGUUCAGAUAUCUGCUUAUAAUAGACCCGGGAGAAGACGCCGUUAA